UACAUCUCCCAUGAUGCCCCGGCAGCCAUCCGUAUCCGCGCUGCCCUCACGCGGCUGCCGCUGCGCUCAGUAGAUUCAUAAACAACAUGGCUCUGUCAGCUCGACGUGUAAAACACAUGGAGGGAAAUCCAGAUGAUGUAGGAGUCAGUGAAACGCGUCUCCUCUCCGGAGCGUAACCGCGGUUUAUAUUUGGCUUAAAGGAGACGCAACAAAGCGCACAAAAUGGCUGCGCUGCAGGUCCGGGCGAAUGAGUAGGUUUACUAUAGCUUUAAGAAGGCGAAAAUAGUGUCUGCUUCUUUAAAAUGAUAUCGCUUUAUUAAUGAAUUGAUAAUUAAGAAAAGUUUUCAAUACCUAAUCAAUAAAUAUCUGCUUUUAAUUUGCGACGAACUCCGCGCAGUGCCAGAAAAUGUGCGGCUGUCGGAUAAAGGCCGCCUGCACUCAAAACGUCUUUAAACCAGAUGUGGUCCGUUUCUCCUCGAACUGUAAGUAAACCUGUUUGACUUUAAACGGAACCUGAGGCAGACCGAAGUGUCCCCGCGAUGAUGGAACCGACGGGCGACCGAACCGGGGAUGUAAAUAAAGGAGAGGAACCGGCGGAGGACAAGGCCGCAGACCAGACCUCGGGCACCAGUACGAGCGUCUCACCGCGGAUGGGGCUCAGGGAGCGCGGAGCGGCCCGACCGAGGUCCGGCGUCUCCGCUUCGCUUACGGGCGUCAACGGAGCCGCGGUGAGCCCGCAGAGCUCGGGUCGGGUAUUAAGGGACAGGUCGACGAGGACAGUACCGGCCUGGCUGAAGGACGUAAAGAGCGACGACGAGGAAGAACCGAGCCCGGACACCGGAGCGAACAAGCGGCGGAAAGUUUCCAACUCCAGGCGGAAGAAAAAUUCCGAAUCUGCGUGUUCGGCUGGAGGGGGGGUCGCAGGUGACAGCCUUCAAGGCACAGACUUGGAGGAACCCAAGAAACCUGCAACAGAUGCUCAAGCUCUCCCCUGCAGACGCCCCCCGGCCCAGACUCGUGCCAAACUCCCGUCUGCCAGAGCCAGCCGUGGCUCUGCCAAGCCUGUGUGUAAGACCGAACCUGGAAUGGAGAGUCCAGCUGCAGUGGAAGGAAAGGUAAACAAUAAAGAGAAGUCUGAAAUUGAAAACAAAGUGGAGGAAAGCCAGGAUGUCGCUGAACCGGUGUUGGAUGAAGAAGACCCUUCAUUUCAUGACGACCCUAGCGACCUCAGCUUCCAGCCACAGAGUCAGAGUGGUGCAGAGGAGGAGGAGGAGGAGGUGGAGGAGGAGGAGUGCCUCAGCAGUGAUGAAGAUGUUCCUUUUAGAGACGACUUAAAUGACCAGAGCUACGACCCUAAGGCUGAACGGGAUGCCCCUAAACCAAAGCGCAGAGCUCCUCUGAGACUGAAGGAAAAGAAAGAAAAAGAGAAGGCACCUAAAAAGGAGAAAGAGGUCGCUGAGAUAAAGGUAGAAGGUUCCGACAACUUGGAAAGUGUGGAAGAGGAAGUGAAGCUCGAAGAAGAAACUGUGGAAGACCCAGAUGGACCCAGGAAGAGAGGCAGACGGAAAAAAGACGACAAUACCCCACGGCUGCCUAAGAGAAGAAAGAAGCCCCCAGUGCAAUAUGUGCGCUGUGAAAUGGAAGGAUGUGGGACCGUCCUGGCUCAUCCUCGCUACCUACAGCAUCAUAUAAAAUAUCAGCAUUUGCUCAAGAAGAAAUAUGUAUGUCCUCACCCGUCUUGUGGAAGACUUUUCCGCCUUCAGAAGCAGCUGCUGCGUCACGCAAAGCACCACACAGAUCAGAGAGACUAUAUCUGUGAGUUCUGUGCUCGUGCCUUCAAGAGCUCCCACAACUUGGCUGUGCACCGCAUGAUCCACACAGGAGAGAAGCCCCUACAGUGUGAGAUCUGUGGCUUCACCUGUCGCCAGAAGGCUUCUCUCAACUGGCACAUGAAGAAGCACGAUGCUGAUGCCACCUAUCAGUUCUCCUGCUCUAUUUGUGGUAAGAAGUUUGAGAAGAAGGACUGUGUGGUGGCUCAUAAGGCCAAGAGCCACCCAGAGGUGCUAAUCGCUGAGGCGCUGGCAGCCAACGCUGGCGCACUCAUCACAACCCCUGCCUCCCUGCUGGAGCUGCCAGGAAACCCCAUGCAAGCAGAGGUCACCGGCUUGGAUGUGAGCCAAGUAGGGCAGGAUGGGCAGAUGGAGCAGCUGAGCCAGGAAGGUCGAGUUGGGCAUCAAGUGGCUCAGGUGUCUCAGAUGGGUCAUGUGACCCAGCAAGUGAGUCACCAGGUGGUUUUGCUGGGACAAGACCAGAGCCUCCACACCAUGCAGGUGCCAGUGACAAUUGCCCUGUCCCCAAUCGACCCCCCUUCACCGGCUGACAACCAGCAGCAGACUCACCUCCAGCUGCAGAUGCCCGUCCAGUUUGUGCAGGCUGCCCAGCAGCCACAACAGCCCCAAAUCCAACAAUUGACCCUCCAUUCCAGCUCAGUGGUGACCCAGCACCAACCCCAGCUCCACUCUCUUCAGUCAUACUCCUCUCAGCAGCAGAGCCAGGGCCAGACACAAAUCCUUCAAAUGACCUUCCAGCCAGUCAGCCAAUCCCAGACCCACAUUCAGCAGAUCCCCAUUUUAGCGACCUCUCAUCAACUUCAGUCCUUGCACACAGCCACCCCGAGCCCUCCUCUCCUGUCCCCAUCCCAACCCCAAUCCCAGGAUCCUGCCUCCACAAAUGGGGGCAACUAUAUUCUGGACAAUCCCGGACUCAUUUCCUCCUCUCUUUCAGCUAACUCCCUCCAGCAGACAGAGGCUGCUGGAGAGGAUGGUGUGGUCUGGGAGCAAACAGGACAAGAAGUUCUGACUGACGGCUCUGAGAGACACGUGCAGCAGGUCCUCAUGUAAAACGAGGGAGCGCAGCAAGAAAAUAGAGGAAGGUUAAGUCAUCAGUGACCUGAUACACUGUAUU